AUGGCCAGGAAACCAAUUUCUCUAGCAUCAGAGGCUACUGGUUAUGACUCGAUCCUCUGUUUUCUACUAUAUAUUUUUCCAGUAUGUGUUAGCUGUCGCUGCAGGGGAAAUUCUUACUCAUUGAUUCAGCUGCCUUUCGCACUGUAUCAAGCCAUUAAAGGGAAGAGGUUCAUCAGUGGCCAAUUUCUACCUAUGUUCGAUUUUUACGGAGAUAAGGUGAUGGCGUUUUUAUUGGCUAGUGGAGUUGGCGUCAGUGUUGAAUUUAAAAACUUUGUAGACGAAUCGAUAGACAUAAAUGAAGUACGUAUAGAAUUUAGGGAGAAGGGUGACAAGUUUUUUGACAAUGCAAUUAUUGCCAGUGGAAUCCUUCUUGCUGGUUUUACUACCAUGGCUAUAAUCACUAUUCUUAAUACUGCGAAAUGCACCGGAAAAAGCUUUUAG